AUGGCCAUAACAGCUUGCUGUUCCAUACCAUUGUUGAAGAGUUGGCAUUGCUCGGAGCAAACCAAUCAUCGUGUGAAACACAUUGCCAAAUAUUCCAUAGUACUCUCUGUUAAAAUGUUGUUCAACGCUUUGCAAUGGACGGGUUGGCUUUGGGCAGUGACCAUCUCGGAACAAGUUACCUCCAUGCUUCAACUUGUGGAAUGGAGGGAUGUUCUGGUCAUGUUUUCCAUCUCAUGCAAUGAAAUAUUAUGCUCACAACUGUUUGGAAGAAUUUUAUUACAACUCGAAUUAAAGUUUUGGAAAUUCACAAAGAAAGAACAAGAUGAAUACUUGAUUGGAAUUUACAAAGGAAUGUUGGGAUGUAUUGCAUCAGGUAUCACGUUCGAUUUUGUCGAUCGAGCUGCCAUCAAAUAUUUUCAAAAAGUCAUUGUGAAUGACUCUAUCGUGUUCCUAUUGAGACUGUUAUUUGUCUUUUCCAUGGAUCGAGCAGUCUUUUCAAUUGUGAUUUUUUUCACUAAUCAAUUGGAAUAUUUAGUUAAGAUUAAGGAAACGCAGCAACAACCUCCAAUACCGUCGUCCACAUUGGGCAAUAGAGAAGCUACAAGCACCGUGAGUGACAAGAAUGAUUUGAGAGAAAAGACACUGUUCUACGAAUUUCUUAAUUCCUAUUCGUACACGAAUUGUGUGGAAGGUGCCAGUAUUUCUGGUUAUUCAGCCGUAUUGUACGAUUUGGCCACUGAGUUGGCAAGUUAUAUCUGUAACAAGAAAUUAUCCACACCAAACACUGUUUGGAUACAAGCUGGAGUGUCUUCACCGUUUGUUUUGGGUUUUACUGGAUUUGCAAUUAUUUUAUCCAUGUUCGAAUCAGUAUUUCUGUUCACAAUUUGUAAAGAGAUCGUUAAAAGGGUGAAUCGAUCAGUGAUUCGUAUUUGUUGGAGUGAAACACGAAAUGAUCAUUCAUGA